CGGAGGAGGGUCUGCAGGAAGUGGGGAGAGGUGUGAAAGUGGGUUAUAUUUAGGGUUAGGGCCAGUUAGAGUUUACUUCAGAGAAACAUCCGGAGAAGAAGCAUGGAGAGAAACGCAGCAGCAGGAUCCUCCUCUCAGAUAACUCACCUGCAGAAUAUGUGUGAGAGGACGUUAUUCUGCCUGGAGGAAAAUCUGAGGAGCAAGGAGGUGAGGACGGAGGAACAGAGGAGGGAAGAAGAGCCGAGGAAGGAGGAUGGUAGCAACCCGAAAAUAACUGUGUCCAAUCUCAAGAAGAAGCCACGGAAACCGAGGAGAAAACAUGGACCCAAAAACCACAGCUGUCAGCACUGUGACAAAUCCUUCACAACUGUUGUGUAUUUAAAGGUGCACCAGAGGAUUCACACCGGAAAACGUCUUCACCACUGUGACCAAUGCGGGGCGACUUUCCUCUACCGGAAUCGGCUAAAACUCCACCAACGCGUUCACACUGGAGAGAAACCCUACGGCUGUGACCAAUGUGGGAAAAGGUUCUCUCUUCCAGGAGCCAUGGUGAUCCAUAAACUGCUUCAUACAGGAGAGAAACCGCAAAUCUGCGACACAUGUGACAAAGCCUUCCGCACUCACAGUGAGCUUUCAAAGCAUAAAGUAAUUCACCAAGAAGAGAGACCGCACAUCUGCAACGAGUGUGGGAAAACUUUUAAAAGUACAACUUAUCUAAGACUUCAUCGGGUUGUUCACACUAAAGAGAAAGUAUUCUGGUGUGACCAAUGUGGGAAGACUUUCAAUCAGAGUUCUCAGCUCAAAAUGCAUCAGCGAAUUCACACCGGAGAGAAACCGUACAGCUGUGAGGAAUGUGGAGCAGUCUUUUCACAGACCUCCGGCUUGAGAAGCCACAAGAGCAUUCACACUGGAAAGAAACCAUACAGCUGUGACCAGUGCAGCUCCACAUUUAGAGAGAGGGUUCAAUUAAAAACACACCGGCGUAUUCACACCGGAGAGAAACCAUACAGCUGUGACCACUGUGCGAAAACGUUUUCCCGGCAGGAUCACCUUGCCGUCCACCUACUGGUUCACACGGGACUGAAACCACACAGCUGUGAACAUUGUGGGAAAAACUUUUCUCGGCGUAGUAAUCUCAAAGUCCACCAACGCACACACGCUGCACACCUAACUCUCCCAACCAGAGUCUUGGAUCAGGCUCAGUUAGCAGAGGUGUUGUGGCUCAGGGGGGGGGGGGGGGGGGUCGUCUCAGGAGAAGGAGAAGGACAGGACAUCAAAGGUCGGAUUCACACCUUCCUCCUGUUGUCUGGGAAGAGAAACAUCCGGAGAAGAAGCAUGGAGAGAAACGCAGCAGCAGGAUCCUCCUCUCAGAUAACUCACCUGCAGAAUAUGUGUGAGAGGACGUUAUUCUGCCUGGUGGAAAAUCUGAGGAGCAAGGAGGUGAGGACGGAGGAACAGAGGAGGGAGGAAAAGGCGAGGAAGGAGGAUGGUAGCAACCCGAAAAUAACUGUGUCCAAUCUCAAGAAGAAGCCAAGGAAACCGAGGAGAAAAGAUGGACCCAAAAACCACAGCUGUCAGCACUGUGACAAAUCCUUCACAACUGUUGUGUAUUUAAAGGUGCACCAGAGGAUUCACACCGGAAAACGUCUUCACCACUGUGACCAAUGCGGGGCGACUUUCAUCUACCGGAAUCGGCUAAAACUCCACCAACGCGUUCACACUGGAGAGAAACCCUAUGGCUGUGACCAAUGUGGGAAAAGGUUCUCUCAUCCAGGAACCAUGGUGAGCCAUAAACUGCUUCAUACAGGAGAGAAACCGCAAAUCUGCGACACAUGUGACAAAGCCUUCCGCACUCACAGUGAGCUUUCAAAGCAUAAAGUAAUUCACCAAGAAGAGAGACCGCACAUCUGCAACGAGUGUGGGAAAACUUUUAAAAGUACAACUUAUCUAAGACUUCAUCGGGUUGUUCACACUAAAGAGAAAGUAUUCUGGUGUGACCAAUGUGGGAAGACUUUCAAUCAGAGUUCUCAGCUCAAAAUGCAUCAGCGAAUUCACACCGGAGAGAAACCGUACAGCUGUGAGGAAUGUGGAGCAGUCUUUUCACAGACCUCCGGCUUGAGAAGCCACAAGAGCAUUCACACUGGAAAGAAACCAUACAGCUGUGACCAGUGCAGCUCCACAUUUAGAGAGAGGGUUCAAUUAAAAACACACCGGCGUAUUCACACCGGAGAGAAACCAUACAGCUGUGACCACUGUGCGAAAACGUUUUCCCGGCAGGAUCACCUUGCCGUCCACCUACUGGUUCACACGGGACUGAAACCACACAGCUGUGAACAUUGUGGGAAAAACUUUUCUCGGCGUAGUAAUCUCAAAGUCCACCAACGCACACACGCUGCACACCGUUAACCUUUUCUCAGAGCAUAGCUUACGCUCUGAUGGUGAUGGAAAAAUAUUGAUUGCUUUAGUGCUUCUCAGGUAUAUUAGUUUUGUGAGCAUAUCUGUAUAUAUGCUACACGUUAAUUCUGUGAAUAAUACUCACAUUUGCAGAAGUGCGCACCUGAAAAUGUCAAAACACGUCCUGUUGAGAUGCAUAUCCUGUUGUAGUGUUAUGUUUGUACUUCCCUAUAAUCACUGUGAGGUAGACUCAAACGUCAUUGCUCACUGACUGUAUUUUUUAUAGAAUAAUGUUCAUUUCCGAUUGAUAGAGCCUCUUUUUAUUUUAUUUUACUGGAUAUGUUUCAUCUGCUGUUGUGAUUGUGCACAGUGAUUAUGAUUUGUUAAUUAGGCUAAAAUGUGACGCAUGCUUUUUUCUCUAUUUUGUCAGUAAAUCUGAUCGAAACCUUGUUUUCUAUUUUUCCCAUUAAAUUUGUCGACACAAA